UUCAAUUCAAUUUGUCACUUACAAACGAGAUGACAGCAAUUUCUGAAUAGUGUAAAUAUGAAAAGUUCCAGCCAACUACUCGGAAAUUUAGCAGUUUUUCAGAGUUUUUCGGUUUCCUGUGUGAAAAAGUCACAGUAAGAAGCCAGGAGUUUUCUAAGCCACCAUUGUUUUUAAAGAAUCGCAGAAAAAAGUUUCGAGGCCGAUUUCUAUUGCUGCAGGACUCCGUGGAAAACGAAAGGAUAAUAUUAUCAAAACAAAAGAGAUGACUUCACAUGCAAAGAAAUCCCUGGUGUCAGGAAAGCCUGCUUUUAAAUUCAAGUUCACAGUGACGCUAGAAUAUUUAGAACUUCGAUUGAAGAAGGAUUGGAAACCAAAGAAUUUACAGAUUGUUUGGAGCAGAGGGCAAAGACAUAGGGUUUUCACAGUGAGCAAAGAGUUAAUUGAAUACAGAACAAACGUGUCAGAUAGCAUUGAGUAUGAAGUUGGAAAUGUAAAUUGGGAAAGAGGAACUUCAUCUGCUUUGUUAGUUACUCUUUACAAGAGCUCGGAAGAUGCAGAAAAAUUUCUGAAAAAAGAAUAUGUAUUUUCUUUAGAAGAUAAUCGAGGAUUAACUAGAAGGAAAUUGGCAAUAUUUCCAUUAAAUAUAGCAGAUUAUGCAUCACUAGAACCUGAUAGUACUCCACUAGAAAUGGAAUUUAAAACCUUAUCAAAUAAAACAAUGGCAGUCACUGCUGGCCUACAUGUAAACUGUCAGUUUGUGAAGAAAGGAACAUCAAAUGACGAUGAUAUGAUCAGUAACUUUAGUCACGUGAGUGACUAUGAAGCGGAAUAUCGGCGCAUGACAAUGUCAUUGGAUGAAGAGAACAAUGGUGUGUUCGAAUUCCGCUGUCCAUUACAGCAACCUCACAGCAAUGUGGCCAUUCUUCAAGGACGAGCUCAGCAGACGAAGUCUCAAUUGCUGCUUGAUUUAAACAUUGCUGAAAAGUCCGACAUUAGACAUCUGCGACCAGCGGACAGCCCUAACCUGACCCCAAAGUCUGAUGAAAAUGGCGUCUCAUCGAGUGGUGAUCUGUUUUCCUUUGAAGACGGUGAGCAGGGAAGCGGUACGAAAAAAAACAAUCGUUCAUUACCGGACAUUCCAAUACCGGACUAUAGUCCGGAAGUUUCAAUACCGGAACGAAAAAAGCGACAUAGGCUCAGUGCUGUUAACCUAGAUGCUGUCACGCCGCCGCCAACGCCUGUUGAUCGUAAAACGUCCAAAGGAAAUAUAUUGGCAACUUUAAGAUCCGGAGUCAGGGCGGUUCUUCAUGGAAGGAAGGGCAGUCUUAAUUCUGACUCAGAUAUGGAUGCGAUUCCAGACAUGUUAAAAUCCGCUACACUGCCCGUUUCACCAACCAGUCCAUUUUCAAAAAUUACUGAUAACGAUGAUUCCAAAAGAAUUGCUUUGCAACUGUUACAUCUUGAAGCAAAGAACCAAGAACUUUUACUUCAGUGCGGAAGUUUGGAGGAUGAAAACACGAUGUUGCGAAGAGAAAAAGAAGAUCUGCAAAUGGAAGUUGGAGAGUUACAAUUGCUUGUUGAAGAGUUGCGAAGCAGGCUCAUCCAUGCUGAAGCAGACAGGCAAGACAAUACAACGGAAAAAGAGAAGUUCUUCGAAAAACUAGAUUUAAAAGGCUGGCUGUGCAAGCGAGGUGUCAAGGGGGGCCCCAUCGGAAAGCGGUGGCAAAGGCGAUGGUUUUCAAUAAGUCGGGAAGGAUACCUAUAUUAUUACAAAAGCAACGACAACAACAUUCCUAGAGGGUUCAUCGCAUUAGAUCUGAUACUGGCUGUUGAAGAUGUCUUCCCUCCUCAUCAAGAUAAAAACAAUGGUUCUUUCAAUGUUAUAACCGACGGUCGGGUCUACGAACUGAUGGCCUAUGACCAAGAGGAGAAAGAAAAGUGGAUCAAUGCACUGGAUUUCAUUCGGUCUUGGCGUUCUCAGAUGUAUAACAUCUCUUUGUGAUUUCUGUAAAUCUUCUGACAAAAUUUUCUUUGCGAAAUUUAAUUUAUUGAUAUUUAAUAAAAGAGAUUUAAGACUGAAUAAUGUUUCGGUAUUUUUGGCUUUGGUGUGAGUAAAGUAUUUACAUUUUUAGACAUUUUUCAAACACUUAUUGUACAGAACUUUUACCCUCAAAUAGUCUUUAUUCGAGGGAUAUUCCAAAAAGGCUAAGAGAGUGUAUUUUUGAUUAAGGACAUAUUGAAGUUUUUAGGGGGAAGAAGUUUCUAGGGACGUGAAUGAUUUAUUUUUUGGGGAAGAAAAAGUAUUUCUGCUAAGUAACAAAUUUUAAAAUACUGUAUUGAAAAAGUUCCCUCAAUGACAGAGUACCGUACAUAAAAGAGAAAUUUGUUCCAUUCAAAAAUUAUAGAAUAUGAUUGUGCCAGGAGAUGAAAAAGAAAGAGCAAAAAGCAUCGAAGAUCAGUAAAUGGAGAGGAUAUGAACGCCUUGAAAUGGCUCUCCAAAACCAGACUUUUUUCAUAGUUUGUAGAGUUCAGAAUGUAAAUAUCUCAACCUUUUGAUCAGGUGUCUAAUAACAAAUAGCCAGUCGUUUGCUGUCGUUUGCUAUUUUCAUUCUUAAGAGUGAAGACAAAGUUUUUAUAUCCUUUGUAGUUAAUUCAAAGUUUCAUGCAAGGUUGAUUCAAAACCGUAUUAAUGACACACGAAAAGUAGAAAGUUGGUUUAACCCAUGAGUUCAAAAUAGAUAACCAAAUUGGGGGACUGGGAGACACUUCCCCCAGGUCUUAGCGGGAUGGAUUUUGUAUUUCGUCUAGAUAAGAAAAAUCGGUUAGGAGGGAGAUCAUAUCUUGGCAGAGUAUUCUUUCUGAUACCAUUACUUAAUCAAAAGCUAGUCAUGGAUGUUCCUUGUUGGUAAAAUUGGGGUCCCUGUUGGUUAAAGGGGCAUUUAUUGACAGGAAAGAGGACAUGAUCCAAAAUUUUUGUGUUUUCCGACCAUUUUUAAUUGUCACAAAUUUUUCAACUUAGGUUCUUUUUGAUAGUUUUCUGGUUUAACUAAUUUUAUAGCAAUUCGAAAUGUAAUUAUUCCAUAUACAUCGUGAUAAUUUAAUAUUCAUAGGCAAUUUGAUUCAUAUCCUUUUACUGUUGUUAAUAUUUCCAUACUGCACUGUGUAGUAUCAUUCUUAAAAAUUAGAUUUUUUAGAUUUUUAUAGAUAUUUUUAGCCAAUAUUUUAUAUAUUUGUAUUUGCAUCUAAUGUAUUUCUUCUCUGCAUCUCAUACAGCUAUAUUUUUCUGCUGUUUUUCUAAUAAAUUGAAAUAAAAAUGAUCCUUACGUUCAUUUCAAAUCAAAAUUCCUGAUGGCGCUAAUGAAUGGCUCGAAAUCGUGGCAAAAACUAAAGUGAUACUAAUUUGUUCAAUAAGUGACGAUAUUCUUAAAUUCUUAAUUUUUGCUGAUCUUUAUCAAUUCUUAGACAAAGAUCUUAUCACAUGGGUGAACACCCAGAUUGUGCAAAAAAAUAUAAUGGUGACAUGUUUCGGAUUAUUGGUAAAGCCCGAUCGUCAUUCCAUCUAGCAGUUUUGGAAUCUAUCUACAUAAGCACGAAAAACCUGCUAUUGUGUAGACAAAAUGAGUUCGUUUUCACCUUAGGACUCCAUUGACAACAUUCUCAAUAGGCAAGCGGCACUGAUUUGGCAACCUCUACAAUCACGUGCUCGUGUUUCUGAUUGGCCUAUUUCGACCCACAACUGGCUAUAUAUAUUUCCUAGCGUAGAGUUUUCGAUCCAUGCUUUAUACUCUGAAGAGUGUCAGACGAAAAGCUUUGGUUUACUCAAAUGUUUGCUUUUUUUAAAGCCAUUUUCAAGUUUUGUACCACCAAAAGAUUGUUUACGAAAAGUUUUAUACACUUUUAAAUGAUUGUUCGAAUUGUUCCUGAAAUUGAUGGUAAUCAGAUACUCUUUUAAAGUUC